AUGAAGGAAGAGAGCUUUGCCCAGUAUGGAAGUCGCAUUGUCACCUUAUUGCUGUCUAAAUGGAAGGCCAAGGAUCUGGAGAAGAUUGCGGUAUCAGUAGAGUUAGCUCACAUGGCACAAAUCGAUAAUAAUUUGUUGCGUUCGGUGUUUACGACAAAUGUGGCUACGCGCAAUGAGCUUCAACAACAGCUGCAAGCAUACGCCUUCAAGAAACGUAACAACGAAGAUGAUUCUGCCCAAGAAAAGAAGAAGUCGAGGAUGCAGUCGCAGACUAAGUGCCAUUUUUGUGCAAAAGUUGGCCACAAAUUCGCCGAAUGCCGCGCUCGAAUGGAAGGUACAUCAAACACCAAAGGAAGAAGCCACAGCGGAAGCAACACGCCUGGGUCAAAAGAUCGUUCGAACAUAAGAUGUUUUAAAUGCGACGAAAUGAGACAUGUGGCUUCUGUAUGUCCCAAAGGCAACAACAAAUAAAUCGAAAAGCGAGUUGACGUAUGCAAAUUAAGUGAGCCAAGUGG